ACAGCAGCAGCAGCAGCAGCAGCAUGAGCAGCAACACCACCACAACCGAGACAAUAUCGUACUGAGAAAAUGUGAAGCAUGUGCUAUUGAGAUUCCAACUAAAACCGUGGCAACAUUCAACACUUUCGCAGAACCUGAUGUAGAGAAGAAGUCAACCAUUUUGUUACCGCACGUAGUUAGCCCACCUAUGUCACUUACAUCAGACAUUGCUCCAUCCGAUAUCAAUACUUCUACUACUCUUUCUACUUCCUCUUCACAGAAAAGUUGCUCUAAAAGAGAAGCUUUGCACACAACAGUGAACGAACAGAUCAAUAUUAUCAAGAAAGACAUUUUCUGUUGUAUGCUCAAUUACUCAAGACAUAUCGAAGACUUAUCCAAAGAUGUUUGUACGCCACAACAAGGGCAAACACCGUAUGCGAACAGACUAGCUCUAGAUACAAAAAGAUUGAAUGAAUGCAAAGCUCUCUCGGCGAAACAGAACCAGCUAUUAGUCAAAAGGAAGUAGUAGCAUCAGCACGAUCCUCUUUUUCUAUUCUAACAUCGAUACGCCAAAUCUUCACAUUAACACCGAAAUACGCAACACGACAAAUAAUUAUUAGGCAGAAACCUGAUAAAAAGGAAAUUGAUACGAUCUUCUCUGUCCAGGGCGUUUGUACAACUACCGAAACUUCUUACAUACCAAAACAGCUUCAAAGUGCUAUAACUACUACUUGGUCCUUUGAGAAGCAUAGCAGCAAAGUUCAUCAUUUUGAAUAUUCUCUUGAUAUCACUUUCAGAGAUCGUCAAGAAAAAUUCACUCUUCUACCAAGAAAUAAAUGGGAUAAGGAUGAACUGGUGCAUGUCUGCCACGACCGGAACUGUGAAUUAAAGUUUAGUUGGCGUCAACGUAAACAUCAUUGCCGCAGAUGUGGCCACAUUUUCUGUAAUUGGCACAGCGGAAAUCGAUUACCGUUGUUUACGAGUAGUGCUUCUGCUGAAAGACCAUGCUUUACGCGCGUGUGCGACGGUUGCUUUUUUACCUUAGCGCAGCAUUCAAUCGUUGGACCAUCAAUAUCUGCGAGGAUUUCGGCAUAAUUCUGCAACUCUUUGGUCUGAUUACCAAAACACUCAUCGAAUCAUUCAUUUGCUGUCGGCUGUAUUACAUAUUUAUUCACAAACUUUAGUUUCCUUUUCUUCUUAGCAUGACGAUUUUCUUUCAAACAGUAGCUAGAGCGUCAGAGUCCCAUCCGAUUCAGAACAUUUAAAAUAAUUAAAUUUAUGGCAAGCCUUUGACUAUUAUGUCAUUGAUGUGUCUCAUCAGACAAACAAUCAUUAUGGACAAUAAAUAAACCUAUCUAAACAUUUUAUCUAUGUUAUGCUCAUAUAAAGGUUGCUUUCUGUGAAACGUGUAAAGUGUGUUUUUACUUCCAGUUCUGCGUUACCCCUUUUAUUCAUAAACUUC